AUGUCUGUUCCGGCUCCCUGCUGCGGCCCAGACAUCCACGUGGGACACGGCUCCCCGGAGGCAGGAGCGUGGCCCGUGAGCACACACAGUGCUCCUGCCCACCAGUACGGACACCUGUGCGAGCUCCAUCGUCGGCGAGCCUCCCCCGAGGAGACUGUGACGCUGCAGCCUGUGGCCGAUGACUCGCCCUACGCAGGAGGUCCCGGCCACGAUGACAGCACCGGCCGCCCUGGGGAGCACUGCUCCUCCAAGGACGCGGGCCCCGAGCCGGGGAGCACUCGCGCCGGCGGGAACCUGCUCGCCCGGCCUUCUGCCUGGCAGCUGCCGAGAAACAGGCCUUGGGCCCACAGCUGCGGGGACUCCCCGGAGGUCACCGACUGCUCCCAGGAGGUGCCGAGUCCCCGGGCAGGUGCCGGGAGGGCGACCGGGCAGCCCCAGGAGGCUGUGGACGGCGGCAGGGAGAGUUCCCGGGGCCCCGGCACCUGGUCCCCGGCGGGCACGUCCUGCAGCGGGGGCUCCGACUCGGAGGGCAGCGAGGAGGGCCUGGCCCUGAACGAGGCCCUGCGGCAGCUGCGGGCGGCCAACCGGGAGCAGCAGGCGCAGAUCCGGAGCCUGCGCAGCAGCAACGCGCGCCUGGAGAGCAAGGUGCGGGAGCUGCAGGCGGGCGCGGCCAAGCAGCGCCUGCUGGCGGGCGCCAUCGGCACGCUGAGGGAGAACGUGGAGGCGCUCAUCGAGGACAAGUACCGGGCCAUGCUGGAGAAGCAUGAGCUGGACCACGCCCUGCGGGACCUGCACCGGGUCCUGGCCGGCACCCAGACGCACCUCCGGGAGUCCCUCAGCGACAAGGAGACGCUGGAGCUGGAGCUGAGGAAGGUCCAGGCCAGCUACGUCCACCUGCAGGAGAAGUACGUGGCGGAGCUGCGGCCGGACGAGCCCCCGCGCCCCGGCGGCCAGAGGGCGGAGGCCGAGCCGCUGCGGCAGCUCCGCGGGGAGCUGGAGAGGGCCGCGUCCUGCACGCAGCGCCUGCUGCAGGGCGAGAGGCGGGCGCGGGAGCGGGAGCUGCUGGCCCUGCAGGAGGCGCUGCGGCAGCACCAGCGGGAGGACCUGGAGGAGCGCGAGAGGGUGCAGGCCCGGCUGGAGCGGCUGGGCGCCCAGGUGCGGGGCCUGGCCUGCGGGAAGGAGCCGGCGCGUGGCGGCGGGCUCCCGGAACAGGCCGGCCCGGGGACGCCGCAGCUGCCUGGCAGCCAGAGCCAGCGGGCACCGGAGCCCCCGGAGGAGCCAGAGACCGCCCUGGACACUGUGCAGGACUCGGAGCAGCCCACAGAGCUGCCCCUGGACCCGUCUCCUGGGCAGGAGGGGAGCCCGGGGUCCCCCGACAGCAGAAGGGCCUCGCAGCUGGCCGCCAAGGUCCACAGUGUCCUGGGCCUGAUGGUGGGCCUCCUGAGCCGCCAGGGCCACAGCCCUCUGGACGCGGAUGGUGCAGCUCAGCCCCCAGACAGCGAGGGGGUGGGGGAGUCCCUGGUGCAGAAGCUGGGGCACUUGCAGCUGAAGAAGGAGCGUCUGGAGAAGGAGCUGCUGAGGCAUAAGCAGAGAAUCGCGACGUUCGGAAAGUCGGUCGCCAGCAGUAAGGCAGCUCAGCGGCGGGCUCAGUCAACAGUCACUAGUGACCAAAGUGCCCCGCCUCCGGUGCUGCAAGGGACGGGAAGGGAUGGGAGCGGGCACGGGUGUCCCCAGCCCCCAGCGACAGACCCGGGUCCAGCUGACACCAGAAGCGUCGUCGAAGUGCCGGUCUUGCUGGACACCAAGCUGGAUGAGUAUCACCUGCUGAACCAGGAGCUGGGCUCAGUGGUCACGAAGCUGGGAGGCCUCCUGGAGUCCAAAGAAAACCACUGCCACCGGCUCCUCGAGGAGAACGACAAGUACCAGAGACACCUGGGCAGCUUGAUCGAUCAGGUUGCGUCCUACGAGGAGAUCAUCCAGUGUGCGGACCAGCGGCUCGCCGUCUCGUGCUCCCACAUCACACAUUUGGAAGAGAGAAACAGACAUUUGGAGGACUUGAUCCGGAGACCCGGAAAGCAAGCAAGAAAACUAAGGCUGCGGGGACUGGAGGCGCAGCCCGGGCUCGCGGGCAGGGCGGGCAGCAGGGACGGGCACUGCCCAGAGGGCCCCGCUCCCGUGUGACCCCGUGGCAAUAACCCGGACUCCUCAUUGCUGUCUGCCGUCACCCGCAUCUGUCCGCGGCCGAGGGCUUUGGGGGGCGCCUGCCUGGACGUGUGCCUGGACUGUGUGCCUGGACCGUGUGCCUGGACCGUGUU